UGGAGAAGAACGUGAACGUCAUUUUUACAAUGGCGGAGGCUGGGUGAAGAGGCAAGUGUGUGGAAAGCGGCGUCGCAAUCGUCAGAGCUACAAAGCCUUUACCGAGCGCACGCUGCCCCAAAAUGGCCCUGAACCCCAAGGCUGCGGGAAAGGCGGACUCAGAAUGCGCGGAGACUGGCGAGCCACUCCCGGAGGGCGGCGAAGCCGACAAGAAUUCAGCCGCCACUUCGGCCACAGCCAACCAAAAUGGCGAUCAGCCUGGAUGCAGAGACGGUGUAAUGCCUAUACAAGAAGCCCCAGAACGGCGGAGGAGCGUGCUGGCGGACGCCCGGAGCUCCAGCAGGUCUCCCUUGCCGGCUCAGAGAUCGAGCGAAGAGCUGCCACGGAAAAAUUUCCAGAUUCCGAGGAAGACGAGAGAACGGAAAGGUCUGUACCAGUUUUUGCCGCCCGACAGUCGGGAGUUCGAGGACCUUGUGAAGAUCAUCUCCUCCUUUUACUUGGACGCAUCGUCACGCGGGAGCUUCUCCUACUGUAAGGCCAGGCUGAUUCACAACGAGCUGCUGGAGAAGGAGUUCAUUGAGAAGCGGAGAGAAAUGAAGCAGGAGGGGCGAACCGAUCAAGAGCUUGCUGAGUCGUACUGCUUCCUUUUUCCAGACAAAUCCAAGCUUCAGUGGAUCUGUGAGAAAGGAUUGUCAGUAGGACACUGCAGGAUUACAACAUUAGGAAAUUCAUCCGUGGGCAUUUAUCUCUCUAAAUACUCUGAUUUAUUACAAAUAAAUCCUUUGGAAGUGGGUUCGUUUGGAGAUAUGAUCAUCUUUAAAGUCAUGAGGGGACGAAUAAAGCACAUCCAUGAGAACAUGCCUAAGAACGCCAUCGAACUUUCACCCAAGUUCGACUGUCACUUGUCCAAAAGUGCCAACAGGGUCACGUCUUUGCUGUCAUAUAGAGCUUUUGAGCUCACGCAGCAAUAUUUUUUCGAGUUUGCAUUCGAUGAGAUCAAACCACGGCCCAGGCACGUGUGCCCCUAUGCCGUGGUUUCCUUUCAGUACAAAGGCAAGGAGGUUGCAGCGUCUCCUAUGACUGCACACAGGUUCAACACUAUUUCUCCUGAAGCAAGUAGAGGGAAGAGCUGCUACACUGUGUGGAAUGGCCCGCUGGUGAACAAGGGCCAGGAGUUAUUCCCAGUUUGCUUACGGUCCUUUUCACGUCCCUACCUUCCUUUCAAGCUGCGUGAGAAGUUAGAGAUGAAUCAAGGCAUGCAGCUGGAUCAGGUGAAGAGGAAGAUCCCUCCUUUUUUGUUUUCCUGGGACACCUAUAGUAUAUCACGGGAAGUGAUGAAGUGUGGGAUGUCCUGCAGCCUGUUUGAGGUGGUGGAAGGAAAAGGUAAAACAACCAGCGGCAGUCUGGCAGCACUGAUCAACAAACUGGAGAGGGACCGGAUGGUGCUGGUGAAGUCCUUGCUUGACAGGGGCUUCCUCUUCCUGUUGUCCUCUGCUCAGAUGGUUGAGUCAAAAGAGCGGCGGGGGCGGAUGGAGAAGAAGCUACAAGCAUUAUUCAUCUUUCAGGAGUCCAGGAUGGUUGUGAAGUAUUCUUCGAGGCUGUUGGAGCCAGAGCCGCUGACGGUGGAGCCCCAGCCGGCCUUCCUGUCCACUGUGGAGCCUUUUAUACCUGCACUACAUUAUGCCUUGUUUAAGCUGCGUCCAAACCCGGGCAAGGAGCUCAGUCUCGGGGUGGAACGGCAAGCCACAGAUUACCUGACGCGCAUCGAGUCGGGAAUGGUGCGGCCUUUCAUUCUGCCCGACUACAAAAACAGUUUUGACGAAAGGGCGAGCCCUCUCUCGGUGCCUAGACCCAAAUUCAACAUGGACGGCGUGCUACGGUCGUACGUCCACAACUCGGCUAACUACUUUUUACCUCUGGGCAAGGCACGGGACACGAUUGAACGAAUAAGGAACCCUGCCUCCGUUCCUCCACCUGUACCCCCACCUGUUCCUGUGCCGGUUCCUGUUUGUGCUCCUCUUCCAGUCCCAGUGGAGUACAGCCCUGUUUCAGACUGGGGAGGCUCAGACCGAGGCUCGGACCGGGCAGAGAGGGUCUCCCUCGAGAGGCUCCCUCAGGAGAAAGUACCUCCUGAAAGCGCCAAACGGAGGCAAGACGUGACGCAUUCAAACGGCGCCCAGCUGCAGCCCAAGCCCCACAUGGAGCCUCAGAAGGCGCGACUGUCUCAGAGCGAAUACGAUCAGGACAAGAUGAAACAGCUGCUGAAGCUGAUCCAGUUACACAAGAAGAACCUGGUGCAGGAACCGGGCAAGGAUCAGGAAAAGGACGGGAGCUGGGACGCCAACAACCUGAAAAGGAAGUUCGAAGGCGACGCUGGUGGAGGGAUGAACAAACACCAACGCACGGGUCACCUUAGCAACGGCGAACCCAGCAGAGCUGGCCAGAUGGACGACAUCGGAGAUGAGGCCGGACAGAGAGACAACCUGACGGCGGUGAUGGAAAGCAUGGGCAUCUAUGACACAGACCUGAGGAACCGCAGCAACACGGACGCCGCAACGGCCAAUGAGACGCAGCGCCUCCUCAAAAUCCUCUUGGCAACGCUCAACAAAGCCAUGGCUCAGAGCUCCAUGACUGUCCUGGCGAACCACGGCGAAUCGUCCAGCAGUUCAGGAAUGAUGGAGUCCAUUUUGUCCGACUCGGCCCCUGCGGUGCAAAUAGAGGCGGUUCCACAGACAAACUACACCGAGGAGGACAUGGACUGUAGUCCUGGAACUCCAUUCAGCUCAGACUCGCCGAUACAAUCAGCUCCGCCCACAGACAUCAUACCUGGUGAUAUUCCUGUCAGUGAAGACAAACCUCUGCCUCUCGCCGAGUCCAAGCCGGAGCCCGAGGCCGCGCUGCCUGCAGAAACCAGCCAGGAGCCCAAGACGCCUGCUGCCCUGGAAGUGAAACAUUCUGCAGCUGCGUUGGUUGGAGAUGAAGUCCCCUUCCUUCCCUCCAUCAGCCUUGACACCAUACUGAACCAGGAGAUCCACAGCCUGGCCUCCGACAUCAGAGACCUCAUGCAGACUCGGCACAUCAGCUAUGCCUCACAGCUUCCCUCGCGCCUGUGUCUGCGCCACUGUUGGCAGCCCAGCAGCUGCUUCUCGGACUAUGUUGUCCCCCACGUUCUCCCCGUGUCUGUCGAGGGACACGUCGAAGUGCUCUGCGAAAAGAUGGACAAGUUGAUCCCCGCUCCACCUGCUUCCCCCAAGGUCACAGCUCCAGCCCCCCCUGUGAUGACUUCUAGUCUUACAACCCCGCCCCCUACGGCUGUCCAGGCUUCCAAAGUGAAAGCGGAGCUCUCCGCUUCAAAGGCCGACAGCGGUAAGACGAGCUGCGUCAGCAACGAGACGACAUCCGUCAAGGCCAAAACGGAGGCCUCCUCUCCAGACCUGGGCGGAGGGCUUUACUCCCCCUCUCAUGCCACAGCAGACUCUCCUGAAUCAAAUGCCCAGUCCGCCAGCGCUGCUCUGGACGGCGGGUCAACCCUGCUCAGCGGGAGCCUCAUCGGGCAGCUCAAACCCGAGGUUUUCACCAGCCUGGUGGAGAUCUUCAAGGACGUGACGAAAAACACGGUUAAAUUUUACAUCUACUCUGGGGAAGAAGGCGAGGACGGCACCAUCUGCAAGGAGAUUAAGGAGUACUUGAAAAGUCUCGGCAAUAGCGAGUGCAGCCCGCAGACGUUUCUAGAGAACAGUGGAAGUUUGGACAAGCUCCUCAUCAUCAUCAGGAACGAGGACAUCGCUGCACAUGUGCACAAGAUUCCAGCUCUGGUGUCCCUAAAGAAGCUGCCCUCAGUGAGCUUUGCUGGAGUGGACUCUCUGGACGACGUGAAGAACCACACGUACAACGAACUGUUUGUGUCGGGGGGCUUCAUGGUGUCUGACGAGUUCGUCCUGAACCCUGAUCUCAUCACGCAGGAUCGUUUGCAAGGGCUGCUCAAGUUCUUGGAGGAACAGAGCACUCCUGAACAUCCCUGGCAGUGGAAGGUUCACUGCAAGUCCCAGAAGAAGCUUAAAGAGCUGGGCAGGCUAAACACCAAUGCCAUGGGCCUCUUGAACCUUUUAACAACUUACCAGAAGAAGCACCUGGUGGAGUUCCUCCCGUAUCAUGAGUGUGACACUCAGUCCCGUCAGGCUCCGGAUCUGGAAUGCCUCAUCAAGCUCCAAGCUCAGCACACACAACAGCGGCACCUGAUCUUCCUCACAGAGAGGCCAUUCGAAAUGUUCCUGCAGUACUCUAGAAACGGAAUAGUGAUUGCGAGCAUCGACGAUGUUAUGAGCGGUUUCCACAGUCUGAUUGGAUCCAUUAAUCAGAAUGAGCUUCCUACACCACCUUCCACUGUAGUGAAUGAUGAGUGUGUGGAGGCGGAGGACAUGUCAUUAGACUCCGAUGAUGGCGAGCCACCAACCAUGUCUGAUCCCCUAGAACAGGUUGAGGCUAAUAAGCCUGAGCUGCUGCCUCAGUUGGAGAAGGAAGACUUUCGCCCUCCACUCCCAGACCUGCCGACAACCCCUGACAGAACGUCGGCACUCGAAUCCAACUCUCUCAAAACGGCCAUCUCCCAGUUCAAAGCUACCAACCAGAUCGGCUUGGCCUGCUCAGACAUCGGCAGCUUGUCACCAGGAGGUUUUCCUGUCAACACCCACCAGAGUUUCCUGUGCCCCUCUGCUUCCUGGUCAUCCUACAGCGGUUCCUCCAGCUAUGUUGCAUCUCCAGCUUAUCCCGCCUCGCCCUGUAGCGGCACCCAGGAGCAAGAGUACCGCCCCCCAACCACCACCGCUCCCGCACUUCCGACUCCGCCCGUCAUGGCCAUGGCAGGACCUCUCGCAAACCUGGCUUCCCUGCCCUUAGAAGUCAAACCUCCGCCUCCUCCUCCCUUCAUGAGGCAGGGGCAGCCAUAUGGGUCAGAUGCCUGCGGAGCGGUCUCUGCCGGCGCCUCUCUGCUCGUCAGCGCCCUACCUUAUAAAGACCACAGUGACACGGCCCAGCCCGGGUUCAUGGGGGCCAUUCCUAAAAAUGCUAGUGGGACCCCCACGCAGCACGACAGGAUACUCAGUGGAUCUGGGGAAAGCAUUUGGGGUUCGACGGGGAUGAGUGCCUGUGAGACUGCUUGCAGCCAGGGUGCUGUAACAUCCAGGUCAGCGGACCCAAGCGGUGUCCCAAAAACAGGUGAGAUCCCUGUGGGAAGCACACCUGGCGCCCAGGGGUGUAGGACUCAGGGGAACGGCGCCGAAAGCCUUGGAACUCCAGUGGGCAUUCUCCCAGUGGCCACCAGAGGGGGCUCUGUACCCAGACCUAAGCUUCCUCAACAUCCAGUGGGGGGUUUGGGUUAUGGCAGUAUAGGUGGCAUUCCUGGACAUAUGGAGCACGGACCUAUGCGGGGGGCCUUGGUUCCUGGUCAUUUAGGGGGCUUCAGAGGCAGAGGGGUCCCUCCGGUAGGAAUCUGGCCUCGGGCAGGACGAGGACAGGAACUAGGGGAUGGGAGUGGAACUGGGCCCUGCCCUUGGGGUUACCCAUCAGGUAGGGGUGGGCCACAGAAUUACUACACAGACUACACAUACACUCACAACUACGCCCCUGAAUAGACAAUCAUCUGGAUGAAAGGGGCAAUGCAAACAGCAUAAACCAGAGACAGAACUGGCUGAAUGUAUAUAUUUCCUUGUCAUAAAAGCAUUGAUUUAAAUCAAUAAAUAUUAAUUCUGGUUUUCUACAUUGAUAAAAGUUGAUACAGGCAGUGCCAGGUGUCCUACUGUUGUGAAAACUGUCUGUACACUCUUUCCGUGUGAUCUAUUUGAGACCCCGUUCAAACCACUAUAUUUAUAUUUGCCAACAAAUGUUUAUGGCCUUCUAGCUUCUCAGAAUUGACCACACUAUUUCUGUUAAUUCUGGUUUUUGAAACGGUUUCUGAACAAAGGGGGAAACAGCUGGUAUUUUUUUAAAGAAAAACAAAAUGAAGUGAAUUGAAUCUCACUUUUGCGGUUUUUGUUUUGUUUGUUUUUUUAUUUGACAUUUGUUUGUCCAAAAUUCUAUUAAAAACAAAACAUUUCAAAUCCUGUUUGUGUGAUGGGUUUGACGGUGUCAAUCAAACCAUUAAAAAAAAGAAAAACAC